AUGAACACAAUAUUAAAAAAUUCUUUUGUAAAAGAAAACGACUUGCCAUGGAAAGGUGAAGAAGAACCAAGUGUAACAGUUUUAAGAAUUUUAUCAGGAUGGAAUUCACUUGUUGAAUCUCGUAUUCAAAAGGCUAUGGCAGCUGGAGAAUUCAAGAAUUUACCAUAUCAUGGUAAAAAAAUACCCACCGAUCCUGGCGAAUUGGUAUAUUUAUUUUAUUUUUUGAAUCGACUAAUUCAAAGACAAGGAUCAGCACCAGCGUGGAUAGAGAUGCAGGCAGAAUUAGAUAAGGAAAUUCAAAAUUUUCGGAAGCAUGUCAGAGAAAUUUGGUUAAAAUACGCUAAAAUUAAUAAAUUAGCACCAAACAAAGCUGAUUCUGCAUGGGAACAAUCUAACUUUAAUUUUUUUCAAGUAUCAAUUAAAACUUUAAAUAAUCGUUUAAGAUCAUAUAAUACCAUUGCACCUUAUUCUGUCAGAAGAAUAUAUCUAACUGUCGAAGGCGAACUGAACAAAAUGUAUCAUGAUAUGAAAAAUAUCAAUAGUAAUAGUGACGACAACGACGAAGAUGAUGGUAAAAUAAAGCAUUUGGACAAAUAUAACUAA